AAGUACGUGUGGGUUUUAUUACAAUUUCAUGGCUGAGCUUUGCCGUCAAUAGUUAUUACUAGCACAUGGCGGUGGCGCUUACACAUAACCCCCAAGUCGGUUUAUGACCUUCUUCUUCUUCUACUUCUUCCAGUUUUGACCCCAACACCCUAAAACAGUAAAACCCCAUAGCCAAAAGUCUCUCUUCUCCCCAAAGCUCCAACCUUUCUGAUUCCCAGAGCCUCAAAAUAUGAUCUUUUCUCGGGGAUUUUCUAGGCUCCCAAGAACCAGCUUCAAUGGCUUAUGUCGGUGUUUGCUCUCUAAUCGACAAGACCCACAUCAAUUCUUGGCCUCCAAAGCUUGUUCUCAGUCUCUUGGGGAUUCGACCCAGAAGAUUUUGGGUUGCAGAGAGUUUUGGUCUUCUGGGUUGCCUACUUUCCCUGGCUCCUUAACUUCUAGGCAUCAAAUUCACAACCAAAUUAGCUCCAUAGUUGAGGAACCACAAGACCCUUUCUCGCUUGUUUCUGAUGAGCUAUCACUUAUUGCUGACAGGUUGCGAGCGAUGGUAGUUGCUAAGGUUCCUAAGCUUGCCUCUGCUGCUGAGUACUUCUUUAAAAUGGGGGUGGAAGGAAAGAGGUUUCGUCCUACGGUCUUAUUAUUGAUGUCAACAGCGCUGAAUGGCAGUAUACCGGAGCCUCCUACGCAACCUGAUCCCCCUACACGAUUGGAAGAUGCUUUCCCAACGGAAUUGCGGGCAAGACAACAAUGUAUAGCAGAAGUGACCGAGAUGAUUCAUGUCGCAAGCCUCCUACAUGAUGAUGUAUUGGAUGAUGCAGACACAAGACGUGGUGUGGUUUCAUUAAAUUCCGUAAUGGGAAAUAAGUUAGCUGUAUUAGCAGGAGAUUUUCUGCUCUCUCGAGCUUGUGUUGCACUUGCCUCUCUAAGAAACACAGAGGUGGUGUCUUUACUAUCAACAGUUGUGGAGCACCUUGUUACAGGUGAAACUAUGCAAAUGACAACUGAAGCCGAUCAACGUUGUAGCAUGGAAUAUUAUAUAGAGAAGACAUAUUACAAGACUGCAUCAUUGAUUUCAAACAGUUGCAAAGCGAUUGCCAUUCUUGCUGGGCAUACAACGGAAGUUGCAAUGCUGGCUUUUGACUAUGGAAAAAAUCUGGGAUUGGCAUUUCAAUUGAUAGAUGAUGUCCUUGAUUUUACCGGCACGUCAGCAUCUCUUGGAAAGGGUUCUUUAUCUGACAUCCGUCAUGGCAUAGUUACUGCUCCAAUAUUAUUUGCAAUGGAAGAGUUCCCUCAGUUGCGUGCAGUGGUUGAACAGGGAUUUGACAAUCCUGCAAAUGUUGAGAUUGCUCUUGACUACCUUGGUAAGAGCAAUGGAAUACAGAGGACAAGGGAGCUAGCCCGAAAACAUGCAAGCCUUGCUGCAGAGGCAAUUGAAUCUCUGCCGGAGAGCCACGAUGAAGAUGUACUAAGAUCAAGGAGGGCGCUCCUGGAUCUCACCCAUAUAGUCAUUACAAGAACCAAGUAACGGAGAAUACCUACACCAUAAAUAACAUACUGUGUUGAAAAUUCAAUACUCGUGUCAUUGUUCCCCCAAGGCUGAGGAACAAUUUCGUUGUUUUGAUCAUAUAUAUUCUUUCAAUUAAAUCAAUUUUGUUCUCCAAAAAGUUUAUUUACAGAUAGUCUGCACUUGUAGUUCCUUUUUCUUUGCACUUGUAUAUUUUUCGUUUAUCUUUAAUCAUGUAAAAUAUACUGUAGUCACAUUCUGCUGAAAUGAUGCACAAGGAUC